AUGGAAGUUGAGAAUAAUAGCAGCAGCACAAUUACUUGUGCUGGUGAUUAUUAUUGUAAGGAAGGAGAAGAUGAUCAUGUUCAGCUUCCCGGUUUUCGAUUUCACCCAACUGACGAAGAGCUCGUCGGGUUUUAUCUGAAAAGAAAAAUCGAGAAGAAGCCGAUUAGCAUCGAGCUUAUUAAGCAGGCUGAUAUUUACAAGUACGAUCCAUGGGAUCUUCCAAAAUCAGGCAACGUUGGGGACAAAGAGUGGUACUUCUUCUGCAAAAGAGGGAGAAAAUACAGGAACAGCAUAAGGCCCAACCGAGUCACGGGUUCAGGCUUUUGGAAAGCAACGGGUAUCGAUAAGCCCGUUUACUCGUCCAGUAAAGAUGGCCGUGAUUUUAUUAUCGGCCUCAAGAAAUCUCUCGUUUACUAUCGUGGGUCUGCCGGAAAAGGCACCAAAACCGACUGGAUGAUGCACGAAUUCCGGCUGCCGCCGGCCGACCACAGCAAAAGCACCGAUGAUGCUACUAAAAACCCUAAUGUUCUAGAAGCUGAAGUAUGGACCCUUUGCAGAAUACUCAAGAGGAACAUCUCUCACAAAAAAUGUGUACUCGAAUGGCGCGAUUUGACCGCUAAACAGAGCGCAAUCAACCCGAUUUCAAAUUCCGGGUCCAAAACGUGUAGCGUGGAACAAUCGAGCUACAACAUUUGUUUCACUUCGCCAAAUAUAAGGCCAAUUGAAGACCAAAAACCCUUUCCGAGCUUUGCUAGUUAUGACCAAAACAAUGUUGCUACAAACCGACAUUUUCAAAUCGGUCAAUUUUUUGACUCGUCAACGAUUUUGGCAUCUCAAGCACCAUCUGGCGGUUUGUUAUUGCCGGGCUCGAUUUGUGGCGAUAUGAAUGAGUUGCUGGGAGAUUGGGAGGAUCUCCGGUCGAUUGUGGAUUGUGCUAGUGGUAAUAUUGCUAGUCCAUUUUAUCUAUGAAUGUACANAAAGG